AUUCUUAUCACACUAAGUUUGCUUCUCUUCCUUUACGCUUAAAAAACUUCAACGUCUCAAUUUUUUUUUGUGAGUGGUAUUGUGAUGCGUACAGGGGCUUAUACCGUGCACCAGACGCUAACACCAGAGGCUGCUUCAGUUUUGAAGCAAUCUCUAACCUUAGCAAGAAGAAGAGGCCAUUCUCAGGUCACUCCUCUUCACGUCGCUUCCACACUUUUAACUUCCACAAGAUCAAAUCUUUUUCGAAGGGCAUGUCUCAAAUCUCAUCCUCUCACAUCCCUUGGUCGUCACAUAGCACACCCUUCUCUCCAUUGCCGAGCUCUCGAGCUCUGUUUCAACGUUGCCCUCAACAGGCUUCCCACCAAUGCAAACCCUCUGUUUCAGACUCAGCCGUCUCUCUCCAACGCCUUGGUCGCAGCACUGAAGAGAGCACAGGCUCACCAGAGGAGAGGGUGUGUGGAGCAGCAGAGCCAACAAAACCAACCGUUCUUGGCGGUUAAAGUCGAGCUCGAGCAGCUCGUUGCGUCGAUUCUUGAUGAUCCUAGUGUGAGCAGAGUGAUGAGAGAAGCUGGACUCUCUAGCGUCUUCGUGAAGAGUAACAUUGAAGAUGAUUCCUCUGUUGUUUCCCCUGUUUUCUAUGGCUCUUCUUCCUCCGUUGGUGUAUUCUCUUCACCUUGCUCACCUACUUCUAGUGAUAACAAUCAAGGAGGAGGGACUUUAAGCCCUAACCCUAGUAAGUUCUUGAACUCUCAUCAUCACUCCUUUGAGCAGAACCCGUUUUUUCAUUCCCCUAAAGGAAAGAUCUCUACUCAAGAUCAAGCUAGAGAAGACGCAAACCCUGUGAUUGAAGUGCUUCUAGGGAAGAAGAACAGAGACAAGAGGAACACAGUCAUAGUUGGAGACUCUGUGUCUUUAACAGAAGGAGUGGUUUCAAAACUCAUGAGUAGAGUUGAGAGAGGAGAAGUGCCAGAUGAUUUAAAGCAAACCCAUUUCAUCAAGUUUCAGUUUUCUCAAGUUGGGUUGAGUUACAUGAAGAAGGAGGAUAUAGAGGGACAAGUUAGAGAGCUGAAGAGGAAGAUUGAUUCUUUCACAUCUUGGGGUGGUAAAGGUGUGAUUGUAUGCCUCGGUGAUCUGAAUUGGGCUGUGUGGAGCGGUCUUAAGAGCUCAUCCUCUUCGCAUUACAGCGCAGUGGAUCAUCUAGUGGAGGAGAUAGGGAGGUUGGUUUACAAUUACAGCAACUCAGAAGCUAAAGUUUGGCUUUUGGGGACAGCUUCUUACCAAACAUACAUGAAGUGUCAAAUGAAGCAACCUCCACUUGACGUUCAAUGGGCUCUUCAAGCUGUUUCAGUUCCUUUAGGAGGACUUUCACUAGCCCUCCAUGCUGCAAGUGGUAAGGGUUAUGAGGUGGCUCCUCAAGUGAUGGAGAUGAAGCCUUUUAGAGUUAAGGAAGAAGAAGAAGAGGAGGAAGAAGAUAAACUCAAUUUUUGUGGAGAAUGCGCUUUUAACUAUGAGAAAGAAGCAAAAGCUUUUAUAUCAGCUCAACACAAAAUCUUACCUCCGUGGCUGCAACCUCACGGUGAUGCCAACAACAUUAACAAAAAGUUUCAGGAUGAGUUGAGUGGACUGAGGAAGAAAUGGAACCGGUUCUGUCAAGCUAUUCACCACAAGAAACAGAGCAGCUCUGUUUUACAGGAUUCCACAGCCACCGUUUCUUUCGUGGACUCACGUGAAUCUAGCUCUGUGGCUAAGUUCAGACGACAGAACUCGUGUACUAUCGAGUUUAGUUUCGGGAGUAAUCAUCAAGAAUGUCUAAAGAAGAACCUAACCGAUAAACUGAUGAGUUUAGAUGGGUUCAAGAUUAGCAAUGAUGAAGGUGUGGAAACCAAGAUUACUCUUGCACUUGGUCAUUCUCCAUUUCCAUCUGAUGUAGAGAACUCUGAUGAAGAAGAAGAAGAGCCAGAGAGAGAGAUUGCAAUGAGACAAUUAUCAGAGAAGCUUCACGAGAACAUUCCAUGGCAAAGUCAAGCUCUUCCUUCAGUCGUUGAAGCAAUGGAAGAAUCUUUAAAGAGGAGAGAUGUUUGGAUGCUGGUUUCGGGGAACGACGUGACUGCGAAAAGAAGAUUGGCUCUUACGAUCACAACUUCUCUUUUCGGGUCAGUCGAUAACAUGCUCAAGAUUAAUCUGAGAGCAUCCAAGGCAAGUGAAGCUUGCGAGGAGCUGGAGAAGGCGUUGAAGGACCGAGAAGAGGUUGUUGUUUUGAUAGAGAACGUUGAUUUAGCUGAUGAUCGGUUCGGUAAACUCCUCGUUGAUCGAUUCGAGGCUGGAGAUUUGGAUGAUUCUCAAGGAAAGAGGAGUCAAAUGAUCUUUCUUUUGACGAGAGACGAUGAUGAAUGCAUGGAGAACGAACAUGUUGUUAUACCAAAGAUGUUGAAGUGUAAGAACUCAAGUUCUAUUUUGGUCAACCACAAGAGGAAACAUGAAUCUGUUGCUGCACCAACGAUGAUUAAGAGGAAGAAUCCGAAAAUCCAAGAGGAGGAUGUGGCUUGCGAAACAAGCAACAUCAAGAAAGAGUUCUCAAGGCAGCUGAGUUUGGGAUCAAAUGCUCUAGACCUCAACUUAAGAGUUGAUACCGCCGAAGAAGAAGAAGCUAAACCGAUCACUCAAAUCUCAAGCGUGUUUCAAGAACGUCUUCUAGGCUCGAUCAAGAACCGGUUUGAUUUCACAGUUUUAUCAAACGAAGAUAUAACUAAGUUUUUCGUGGAGAAGUUCGAAGAGUCUUGCGAGGAGAUCCUCGGGAAACGGGAAGAGAGAUUCAGGUUCACCGUCGACGCUGAAUCGAUCGAGAAGUUAUACAAAGGGUGUGGGUUUUGUGCUAACAGUUUGUUCGAAGAGUGGGUGAAAGAAGUUUUUCAAGCGGGUUUAUUAACGGUCAAAAACGGCGGGAAUGAGGGCAUAAGUGUAAUUAACGUAUGUUUGGGAGGUAUAGAUAUGAUUGACCAAGGGGAGAAGGUAUACGAGGAGGAAGGAUUCAAGGGCACUUGUCUACCCAGUAGAAUCCAAGUUUUCUUUAAUGGUUAGAUUUGGUUUUAAUUUCUGUUUUUAUUUUCUAUUCAUAACCAUAUGUACGACAUACUAUGCUAAGUUGCAAUUAUAAUCAUAUAGUAUAUGUAUUAGUUAUGACCAAGAAAA